GUUUGUAGGGACGUCUGUUCGGAGGCGCCUCCUUUGUCUGUGAUGAAGAAAAUGAGGCUUCAAGAUAUCACACAACUAAUAAGUGUCAGAAUUAGGAUUUGAACCUAUGUCUUCUGACUCCAGAUCUGGUGUACUUGCCAGUGCAUCAUGUUGCCUUUCAGGGUUCUUCAGUAGAAUGUUCUAACUUGCAGUGUGAAUGACUGAGACCAGCUUUCUGCGAGGGAUGCAGAUUUGAAUUGUGAAGUGAAGGUCCCAUAUGGAGAGAAUGCCCCUGAACAAGGAAUCUUUGACAUUCAAAGAUGUGGCAGUGGACUUCACCCAGGAAGAGUGGGGACAACUGGGCCCUGCUCAAAGGAAUUUAUAUAGGGAGGUGAUGCUGGAGAACUACAGGAACCUGGUUUUUCUAGGGUAUCCCUUUUCCAAACCCAAUAUGAUUGCCCAGAUGGAGCAAGGGGAAGAACCAUGGAUCCUGGAAAGAGAAAUCUCAAGGUUUACCUAUGUAGAUUGGGAGACUAGGCCUGAAAUAGAGGAGUCAACUACAAAGAAGGUUAUUUCUACAGAAGAAUUAUCCCAGAAAAAAUGUAAGAGGGAUGGUUGUCAGGACUUCAAGUUGGGAAAACCUUGGGAAUAUGAAGUCAUGUUAGAGAAGCAACAAGGCAACUACAAGAGACCUUCCAGGAAAAUGGCAACAACUCAUGUGAAAACUAACAAGGUAUCCAACCAUGAAAGUAAUAAAUUUGUGAGAAAAUUCAGAUUGGGAUCAGUAUUUGCUUUACAACAAAGAAUUCCUAUAGAAAACAAUCUCCAAAAAUUUGAUAAGCAUGGGAAAAGUUUCAAACAGAAUUCAAAUCUGAUUAAAUGUAAUAGGAUCUCCUCAGGAAAGAAACUUUAUAAUUAUAAUGAAUGUGGAAACUCGUUCAGGUACCACUUAGACCUUAUUCAAUAUCAUACUGGAAAAAAAUCCUAUAAAUGCAAUGAAUGCUCAAAAGUUUUCAAUAAGAAGUCAUCUCUCAGCAGGCACUGGCGAAUUCACAUUGGAGGAAAAAACUAUGAAUGUAAUGAAUGUGGGAAAAAUUUCAGUGAGAGGUCAUGCUUAAAUAAACACCAGAGAAUCCAUACAGGAGAGAAACCCUAUAAAUGUAAUGAAUGUGGAAAAGCCUUCACUGGCAGGUCAUCCCUUAGUAGACAUCAAAGAAUCCACACUGGGGAGAAACCUUAUGAAUGUAAUGAGUGUGGGAAAGCCUUCAUUCAGAGUAUACACCUUACUCGACAUCAGAGAAUUCAUACUGGAGAGAAACCCUAUAAAUGUAAUAAGUGUGGGAAACCAUUUAGAUGGAAUACACAACUUAUUCUGCAUCAAAGGAUCCAUACAGGAGAGAAACCCUAUGAAUGUAAUGAAUGUGGAAAAGCCUUUAGCCGUAGCACACACCUUAAUCAACAUCAGCUAAUUCAUACUGGAAAGAAACCCUAUGAAUGUACUGUUUGUGGGAAGGCUUUCAAUGACAGGUCAUCUGUUACUAAGCAUCAGCGAAUUCAUACAGGAGAAAAACCCUAUGAAUGCAAUGUAUGUGGAAAAGCCUUUCCUCACAGGUCAUCCCUUACUGAACAUCACAGAGUUCAUACUAGAGAGAAACCCUAUGCAUGUGAUGCAUGUGGAAAAGCUUUUAGCCGUAAUACAUACCUUACUCAACAUCAGAGAAUUCACACAGGAGAGAAACCCUUUGAAUGUAAUGAAUGUGGAAAAGCCUUUGGCCGGAGUACAAACCUUGCUCAACAUAAGAGAAUUCAUACUGGAUUAAAACCCCAUGAAUGUAAUUCAUGUGGGAAGGCCUUCAUUGAUAGGUCAUCCCUCUCUAAACAUCAGAGAGUCCAUACUGGGGAGAAGCCCUAUGAAUGUAAUGAAUGUGGGAAAGCUUUUAGCCAUAUAUCUUCCCUUACUAAACACCAGAGAAUUCAUAAUGGAGAUAAAUUUUAGUUCAUUUGGAAACUUCCUUAUAAAUUCAACCCAUAUUCAACAUUAGAGAUCUCAUCCUAGAGAAUAUUGAGGUAGUGUGGUACAGUGAAAAGAGGUGGGCCUAGAAUCAGAGAACCUGGCUCAAAUCCCAGCUCUUCCAACUUACCACCUAUAACCUUGGGUAAAGUCAUUUAAAUUUUCUAGGUCUCAAUUUCUUCAUUUCUAAAAUAAGGAAGUUGAGCAAAAUGAACUCCUAAAUUAUUUCCAGUUCCAAACUUAUGAUUUUUCAAACAGAAUUCAUCCUUUUCCCAUUAAAGGAAUCAUACUGGUGAGCAGUAAUAUGUACACAAAGAAUGUAAGAAAAUUUUCAGGCAAAGUAUAGCACUUAUUCAGCAUUACAAUCAAUAGUGGAGAGUAACCAUAUGAAUGUGACAUGUAAGGAAGUCUUCAGUUGUACUUCAGUGCACAUCAAACAUCAGACACUUUAAUGGAUCUGUGAUCUCAUUAAUGUGGAUAUUCUCUCCAAUGAUGCUCAUUCUGAGCAACUUUUGUCUUCAUAUAAAUCUUCCAAAGGGCACUCCACCCAAUAUUCUGGAAGUCUUCCUUUAAUUCUUGUGAAUCCUAUGCAUGCCUACAGAUGAAGCAUGUGGCCUAUCAAUCAGUUACCACUCAUUCUCACCACAUGAACAGCUUAACUAUUUUUUCUGAUCAUACACCACUUUGGUGACAUGCUGUAUGCCACUUCUCUGUGUGUUUAUUGGUUGGGAAGUGUGUAUAGCCCACUUGUGCCUGCCACUUGAAUUCUUUGGAGACUGUGGUAUUCCAUGAUUCACAGCCAUACAGCAUCAUGAAAGAAUAUUGUUGUUAAACACUUUUGUUUCAGGAAGAAGCUUGGAGUCAUUAAGAAGACUGCACAGUAUCCCAAAUUCAACUUAGCCUUGAGAUUGUUGUCCUAUUCAAUCUUUGACCUAGCUCUUAGUUAAUGUGCAGUCUUUCUAAGAUAAAUGUACUGAUAAACCAACCUUAUAGGCUAUCCAUCCAACUACAUAUCACAGUCUGGACAAUAGACAUUAUUAAGCCAUUUUUUCUUCUGGUGUUGUUAGGCAAACUAAUAUUAUUUGGAAUUCAGAUUAGAGAGUAACUAUAUGAAUGUGUCAUGUAAGAAAGUCUUUAAAUUCAGGUUAGCCCAUAUAGAAAAUCAGAGGCUUUAUUUUGAUUGUACAAUGGAUCUAUAAUCUUACUGGUAAGAGUAUUUCCUCCAGUGAAGCAGAUCAGAGAUCAUCCCCAUGGCCUCAUUCUGAGCAAUCCUUGUCCACAUAUCUUCCAUAAAUCUUCCACAGGAGCUCAGUGGUUUAAUGCAAUCUAUACAAUGCCAACCACAAACAGGAACACUGGAGGACCUUGCCAUUUAUAGUAAAUCUUCCAUUUUGACUUUUUUUUUUUCAUUUUGACUCUUUACUAAACAUCCUCCUUGAUGGUGGCAAAUAACUUUGGCAAGUACACUUCUCCAUUUUAUGCCUCACUCAACAUUAAUAUUAAGAGAGUUGUUGACUGAAGUUUUUCUCAUAUUUUUCAAAGGCUCUUAUAUUAUUCUAAUAUGCAUGGGAGUAAUCCUAAGAACAUAAUGAAUUAAGAGAAAUUUUCUUUGACACCAAUCCCAUAGGCAUUGGCUUAUCCCACAUGUUGCCUUUUAAUAGACGAUCUCAUUUAGAGCAUUCUUUCCUGUUCUCCCCCUUCUUCCAUUUUAUUAGCCAUUUGAUAAAGUUAAAUAAGCAGUGAAACUAAAAUAAUGAGACUGACAUUUUACAGAACUGAACUAAUUAUGAAUCCAAUUGAGAAAAUUCAUUUUAAGGACAUAUCUGCUCUUUGCUACCUCACCUUGUACAUAACUCUAGUUUUGGUUUUAAGGAAAGAAAAAUUUUUUCUUUACAUUUACCCUGAGUUGAACAUAAUCUUAGAAUUUCAACAGCUUAAUUUUUUUAUUUCUUUGUAUUCUUUGUAUUCUCUAUUCUCUGCUCUCAUUAAAAUAAUUUAGGAAACUAUUGCCUGACUUUUGUACCUGACACCUAAUUAAUUGUUUUUUUUUUUAAUCCUCUGAGCUCCUUACUGGCACAGGGACUAUUGUAGGUGGCCGGCACUUAAUAAAUGCUUUUUGAAUUGAAUAAGUAACUACAAGGUAUAUUGAGGAGGGAGAAAGCAUCAACAUGACAAUUUCAUAAAAUAUGAACUGACAAAAUUAGGGGGGAUAUCCAGUAAGCUUGUAUAGUCAGAACUAUUUAUGUUUUAUAAUUCUCUUGCACUGGUAUAAUUUUGUAUUUCUUAAGGCUAGUACCAGAUAGUUUUGAUUAUUACUGUUUUUAAAAUGCAGUAUGGUAACAUAUGCUUCAUUAAUCUUUUUUCAUGGUUCCUCUUGAUAAUAUUUUUUCUUUUUGUGCUUCCAUUUAAAUUUUGUUACUGUUUUUAUCUCUUUCUAAAAAGUGACUAAUUGACAUUUUGUAUUUAUUAGUAUUAUUGUUAGUACCUAAGUGAGGGAAUACUCUCUUCAACUGCAAAUCUGUGGCAACCAUCUAUAAUUUGUAAUCCUAGCAAUUUACCUGGGAUUCACAGAAGAUAAGUGACUUUCCAUAGUCACAAAGAAAAGUAUGUGUGAGAGGUGGGGUUUGAUUCCAGUUCUUCCUGAUUCCAAGUAUAGCACUGUAUCCAUUAUGCCACAUUAUCUUUCUUGAUAUUGUAUUACAGAUAGCUAUUAAUAAGAGAAAUAGUGACAUUUUUGCUAUACUAUAGUGACAUUUUUGCUGUACUAUAUCAUUCUAAGGAUUUCAGAGGCCAUCUCUCCAGCUAUUAAUUUUCUUUAUUCUUCAUAUAGUUUGGAAACUCCCUUUCUAGAAGUCUUCUGCCUUAGUAAGUUAAUACCCAAUAGUUCAUGUUUUUAUUAUUAUAAAGAGUAUUUUUCUUCCUGGAAUUUUUCUUUCUGUUAGUGGCACAUAAAAAUGCAGAUGAUUUUUGUUGGUUUAUCUUAUACCCCUCCUACUUAAUAAAGUCAUGUAUUUCUUAAUACUUUUUUGAGGCUAAUUAAUCCUGAUUCUGCUUAGCUCUUAAGAUCAGAUGAGAACAGAUAUAUUUCAAUCUCCUGCACUAACUAUAUAACAAUAUUACUUGGAAACAAAGAUCACUUAUUCAUUACAAAGAUAUUUCUUUAAUUAGUUUUCAUGCCUUAUUGCUAUAGCUUGCAUUUCUGAAACUAUGGUGAAUAUCAAUGUUGAAAGUGAACAAAUCUGUUUUGAGUGGAAAUGUUUAUAAUGUUUCUCUAUUGCAUAUAA